AUGCGAUCCCUACUCGACGUUCGACAAUGGCCCCGACGGCUGGCCCGUCCGGCCAAUGACGGGUUUUUGCUCGCGCGUGGCCUGAUGAGGCGCGCGUCUCGCACCGUCCGGGUGGCGUUCUGGCUAUCUGGUCCGCGCCGCCCGAUCCUGUCUUCACCGUGCGGUUUGGCGCGCCGGCUUCGCGUCCAGGGCCACCUCCCCGCUCACCCGUGGUGGGUACCUUCCUUUCCCAUCAGGGGAAGGCGCGAACCGCCGGAAGGUUCCUUCUGCAAGAUCCUUCUCGUCGCAUCACGCUGUUUUCGCCUUGGUCCGACCGAAGUGCCCGGUUCUCGCUGGCCUGUUGCUCGGCGCCUGCGUUACCCGCGCCUUGCAGGGGCUUGGCGGAAAUUGACGACGUCGCCCAUCAGCGCCGCCGCACCGCCGGAACAGACCUUGCGAGCUCCUGAGCGCCUCGAACAUCUCGUCGGGCCCUUCGGGAUCAGGCACCCCGUUAUCGGCCAGCCAUUCCUCGACACUCGACAGGUCCGGCCUCCGCCGGGGGCAGCGGCCCUUCCUCGGUGCCGCGCAAUGUUCCACCGUGGCGAUCAGCGCAUCCGGUCCGCGCGAAGUCUCGACACCGUCGCCAGUGCCACUCCCAGAUGCUUGGCGAGCAAGUCAUCCCGAAUGGCGGUGAUCCGCUGCGCCGCAGCGCUGCCACCCUCGACCGCCAGCGCAAGGUCGCAUUCGGUAUCGAAGCCGCAUCGACCGAUUAUUGAGAUUGACGACCCCAGCCGGAACACGCGGUCAGUACGCAGCCAGCCAGACGGUCGCGCCGUCGCCGGCCUCCACCAGCCGCGCGCCGUAAAGUCCAUCGCGAUCGGCUCCAGCCAGCCUUGCGCGGUCAGGCGGAUUGACGAUGACGAACUCCGGUCCGUCCUCCUCAUCCAGCCGUUGCGCAACGCCUCCGCCGCGGCGAGGCGAAAUGCUGGCUCGAUAUAG